CCUCUGAUCUAUAUUCCAUCAUUCAUCCACACAGACUACCUUGUAAACCACAAACUAAAAACAUUAUUCUCUCGUCCAAAAGCAUAUAAAUUAGGCCUCCUUCUUAUACACAAAAAGUUCACUUCAAUUCUUUGAAGAUCAUAUAUAUGGAUUUGAAGUCGAUGAGACAGCAGACACAAAUCUUGUCCAAAAUUGCUACCAACGAUGGACACGGAGAAAACUCGGCCUACUUUGAUGGUUGGAAGGCUUAUGAUAAUAACCCUUUCCAUCCCAAACAUAAUCCUCAGGGUGUUAUCCAGAUGGGCUUAGCAGAAAACCAGCUCUGCUUUGAUUUGAUUAAGAACUGGGUAUUGAAUAACCCCAAAGCCUCCAUUUGUACGCCCCAAGGGGCAGAAGAGUUCAAAGAUAUUGCUAUUUAUCAAGACUACCAUGGAUUGCCGGAAUUCAGAACUGCUGUGGCAAGAUUCAUGGAGAAAGUGAGGGGAGACACAGUGAAAUUUGAUCCGGAUAGGAUCGUUAUGAGCGGAGGUGCCACCGGAGCUCAUGAAAUACUGGCCUUCUGUUUGGUGGAUCCCGGCGAAGCAUUUUUAGUCCCAACUCCAUAUUAUCCAGGAUUUGAUAGAGAUUUGAGGUGGAGAACAGGGGUACAGCUUUACCCAGUAGUGUGUGAGAGUUCAAAUGACUUCAAAGUCACCAGAACUGCACUGGAAUCUGCAUAUAAGAAGGCUCAAGAAGACAACAUCAGAGUCAAAGGAUUGCUCAUAAACAACCCUUCAAAUCCACUCGGCACUGUUUUAGACCGGGACACGUUACACGACAUCGUGCGCUUUGUCAACGACAAAAACAUUCACCUAGUAUGCGACGAAAUCUACGCCGCCACGGUCUUCAGCCAGCCGGAAUUCAUCAGCAUUGCCCAGAUAAUCCAGGAAGUCCAGUGCAAUCCUGACCGUAUACACAUCGUGUAUAGUCUUUCCAAGGAUUUGGGAUUCCCAGGAUUCAGAGUCGGGAUAAUCUACUCCUACAACGACGCAGUGGUGAGCUGCGCCAGAAAAAUGUCCAGUUUCGGGUUAGUUUCAACGCAGACACAACACCUGAUUGCUGCAAUGCUAUCAGACAAAGAAUUCGUGGAAAAUUUCAUUCUUGAAAGCUCGGAGAGGCUAAGGAAGAGGCACGAGAGCUUCACGCGAGGACUAGCCCAAGUGGGGAUAGAAACUCUGAAGAGCAACGGCGGGCUGUUUGUGUGGAUGAACUUGAGAAACCUCCUUAAGGAACCAACUUUUGCCGCAGAAUUGGAGCUGUGGAAGAUGAUUAUCAAUGAAAUGAAGCUGAAUGUGUCCCCUGGAUGUUCAUUCCAUUGCCAGGAAGCGGGUUGGUUUCGAGUGUGUUUUGCCAAUAUGGACGAUGAAACCAUGAGGGUGGCUCUGAUGAGGAUCAGAACCUCUGUGCUUCAGUGGAAGGGCAUGGAGGCAGCUGCAGCAGCAUCUGCAAAGAAGCAGAAACAGUGCAGAAGGAAUUUGAAGGUCAGCUUGUCCUUUCGGCGAGGAUUGGAGGAUUGCAUGAUUUCUUCCCCUCACUCUCCAAUGAAUUCACCAUUGGUUCAAGCAACCAAUUAAUCAGGUGCGAACCCACCGUAACUUGCGAAUUAUUGAUGUAUUGCACUGCAACUACUACGUGAUUACACCAUAACAGCUACCAGACAUGCCUGUAGGACUUUUGCAAUGCAAUCGAAUCCAGUGCAGCACAAUCAUAUAGUAUUAUGGUGCAAUCCUUCAGUAGUUCGCAGGUUCGCAGGGUGAGUUCGCACCUAAUUAUCCAUUAUAAAUAAAUUGGCCGUCUUUGAAGAUAGGAUUUAAGUAUAAGUUAUAGCCAACUUGCUUUUCGCCAUUUGUGGGUUGCAAAAAAAAUGAUGUAAGAUAACUGAUGUUUUUUUUUUUCUGGUCUUAGCUUCCUUGUUGGUUGGUGAUGAUAGGGAAUAAAGAUGUAAUGUAAGGCACGAAAUUGUCAAUGUUUUAAGAAAUAGAAAAACUUUCUUUUUCGAUCUUUGUA